GCGGUCACGCUAAUCCGCAAUAAAACAACACAAUACUCAUUCACCGCCGGGAGUCUUGCACAUUUAAAUAUUUUGGGCAGCAAUUACACAUCAAGCUAUCUUUAAGACGUUGACAACAACAACUAAGAACCGCAACUUCAGCAGUUAUGCUGCUAUAAUUUAUUCAACGAGAAACAUCCCGUGACGACGGUUCAUAAUAUGCCUCUUAUUGGCCGCCGUCGUUGUCAACGCAUAAAAAUCCUGCUGAGCUAUUUCUAGUUCAACCUUAACGAACUCACAAGUGAUGGCUACAUCGGACUUUGUACUCGGCGGCCUGGCCUCCGUGGGCGCCACAUUUUUCACCAAUCCUAUAGAGGUCAUUAAGACGCGCAUUCAAUUGCAAGGCGAAUUGGCGGCUCGCGGAUCUUACGCGGAGCCCUACAAGGGAGUGCUGCAGGCCUUCAUAACGGUGGCCAAAAACGACGGGUUGCAUGGCCUGCAAAAAGGAUUGGUGCCAGCUCUGUACUUUCAGUUCAUCAUUAAUUCAUUCAGGUUGAGCAUUUACACAACUGCUGUGGACAAACGUUGGAUGCACAAGAAGAAUGGCGAAAUCUCAUUUGGCCUGGGCUUAAUGUGGGGCGCCAUUGGCGGUGUUGUGGGCUCCUAUUUUUCGAGUCCAUUUUUCAUGAUUAAGACGCAGCUGCAAUCGCAAGCUGCCAACGAGAUUGCCGUUGGCUAUCAACACUCCCACACAUCGCUCGGAAGCGCGAUGCGUGAGAUUUACAAGCAGGGCGGCAUUAUGGGCUUGUGGCGUGGCUCCUUGGCUUCACUGCCUCGGGCAGCUGUUGGCUCGGGGGCGCAGAUUGCCACGUUUGGCAAGACCAAGGCUCUGUUGGUCGAAUAUGAUCUGGUUACGCAGCCCACUUACAAUUCCUUCUGUGCUGGACUCAUUGCGGGAUCGCUAAUGUCAGUGGCCAUUACGCCACCGGAUGUUAUUAGCACGCGUCUGUACAAUCAGGGCGUUGAUGCUCAGGGUCGGGGUCUGUACUAUAAUGGCUGGUUGGAUUGCUUCUUUAAGAUCCUGCGAAGCGAGGGCAUUUAUGGUAUGUAUAAAGGCUUUUGGGCCAACUAUCUGCGGAUCGCACCACACUCGACCUUAGUGCUCUUGUUCUUUGACGAACUGGUCGCCGUGCGCGAAAAGUACGAUCUGCGUUUCUAGAAAAGUUCUAGUCAUUGUGUUAGCGUCAAGUACAAAUUUGUAAACUAUUUGUUAAGUUGUUUAUACCAAACAAAAAAAAGUACCUAGAGAUUCCAAUUUCCUUGGCAAGCUGCCAACUAGCCAGCUAGUAUAAAUGUGCCUUUUUUGUCAUAUGCGUAGAGUACCCUAUAGAAGCUAGUAACUUUAACUGUGCAAUACUUCAUCAUUAAAUAAAACUCGUUAUUUUUGUUAAUAUUUUAUUUGA